AUGAAGUCAACCACACUGUUGCUACCACUUUACACUGCAGCCUUUGCUGCUGCGGUUUCACAUCCCAAGGACCCCCAAGUCGUCUUGCAAGAGCCGCAGCUUACUGUCGUCGAGCCGGAUGAGUAUCUUAUCGAGCUAUCACCUGGCGAGACAAGAUGGGUCACCGAAGACGAGAAGUGGGAGCUUCGUAAGCAAAACAUCAACUUCUUCGACAUUACGCACAACGAAGAGCUCGGCACGCUCAACCGCCAGUUCAAGACUGAGAGCGUAAAGUUCCCCGAAAAGCCCAUUUACAAUGAAACCAUCGCUCCGCUACUCAAGAAGCUGGAAAAGAACAACAUGCGCGAGCAUCUCGAGACCUUUACCUCAUUCCACACCCGGUACUACAAGUCGAAAUACGGUGCAGAGAGCUCGGCAUGGCUUCUUGGGCAGGUCGACAAGACUCUCGCCGAUGCAGGCGCUGUCAACGCCUCCGUGAAGGCGUUUCCCCACCCUUGGGGCCAAUCCUCCAUCAUUGCCACAAUCCCUGGCAAGAGUGAUAAUACGAUUGUCAUUGGCGCCCAUCAAGACAGCAUAAACCUCUUCUUCCCAUCUCUCUUGGCUGCCCCAGGAGCCGACGACGACGGCAGCGGUACCGUUACCAUCCUCGAAGCAUUACGCGUACUGCUCAAGUCGGAGGAGAUCCUCAAGGGCGAGGCAGACAACACAAUUGAGUUUCACUGGUAUUCUGCCGAAGAAGGAGGUCUUUUAGGAUCGCAGGCUAUCUUCCAGUCUUAUGAGAAGGACGCUCGCAAAGUCAAGGCUAUGCUUCAGCAGGACAUGACUGGUUACGUUCAGAAGACGCUCGAUGCAGGCGAGCCAGAGUCUGUUGGUGUCAUUACCGACUUCGUUGACCCUGGCCUUACCGAGUUCAUCAAGCAGAUCAUCACUGUCUACUGCGGCAUCCCGUAUGUCCUGACCAAGUGCGGUUACGCCUGUUCCGAUCAUGCCAGUGCAUCCAAGGCCGGUUACCCAUCAGCUUUCGUCAUUGAGUCAGACUUCAAGUACAGCGACAACAAGAUUCACACAACCGAGGACAAGAUUGAGUAUCUAAGCUUCGACCACAUGCUUCAGCAUGCGCGGAUGACACUUGCUCUGGCAUACGAACUCGCUUUUGCAAAGUUCGAGUAG